CUGAGAUCCUGUACAGCUGGUUGCUAGGUAACAGCUCACAGCACACAGACAGGCUCCUUUACAGGGAUAAGUGCAAAGAUUUGACACGACUUCCCUACACACAUUUUCACUCUUUGUACAAAGCAGACUGGGGCUUCCUGCAGUACUUACUGAUAUUAUCUACUUCUGUUUCUCCAAUAAUAAGGGACAGAACGGCCAGACGUUUCAUUCUCAUCUCUUUAUUGUGGAUGUUCCAGAGAUUUCUCAUGUAUCAAUGUCCUGUAGUCUAAUGACUUGCCCAUAUGGCUCUGUACUGGUCACUAAUGGCUUAUGUUUGCUGCUUCAGCAUUCCUCUCUGUUACGUGGGUUGCCAUUGGCAUUGGACUCAGUGCGCUGACUCAAUAGGCCACACAUACAAAGCAAUGCUCAGUGUACUUAAUAGGCUGUGUAUGUACUGCACAUCUAAUUAGAAAUAAAUGCCAUAUAAACCUCACUCAUCAAAAGGGGACACUUCCCCUUUAAGAGCAGGAAACAGAGGUGACUUCCACCUGAGGAUGUGACAGUUGGUUCAGUCCGUUGGUUGUCACUUUGGUGAGAGACAUCGGGCUACAGCGCGUUACCUGCGAUUUUUGUGAUUUUUUUGCAAGAUCUGCAAGUUUGCUGCUCAUCUCCAUCAGAGCAUUUUUUGGCUUCCCCCUAGUUUGAUAUUAUCCAUCUUAUCAAAACUAGUUUUUUGGGAUAGCCAAGGUCUCCUCAGGGAGACCCCUUGGGGUACCCGGCCUUGUGCCGGUCCCUUUUAUUUUUCUUCCAGAAGCGACAACAUCUACGACUUCUGUGUUUUUUUAAAAGACGACUGAAACAUCAUGGACCGCUCCCUAGAGAUGGAGGCGGUUCUGUUGACCCGGAAGAACUUCAGGGAGGAGGAGGAGACAGACAUCAAGAGUCUCCUCUAUUUUUAUGAACAUCACUACAGGAGACAGUUCGGGAAGAUCGACGACUUAGCCAACUUCCUGAUCCGAUAUGCAGCCACCCACCAGUACCUGACUAGGGCGAACCUGGUGUAUUACAUCUACGUGGUCAUGAAUCAGGAACAACUGGAUAAUAUUGUGGCUGAUUUCCAGCUGCCGGAAUCACCUCUCAGAGACAUCAACAUAGACCCAGAGGAGGUUGCUGAAGCCUUAAAAACCUUAAGAUCAAUAUCGGAGGGCAUGGAGAGAAAACUCCUCGAGAAGGAGAAGGAGCUGGAAGAAGCUGCCAUGACCAGUCAACAGGAAAAAGUGGAGGAAGAUCAGCUGCAGGAAGAGAACCAUCGGGAGGAGCAAGAAGAGGUGGAACACCAUGAAGAGGUGGAAGAACUAGAGAAAGAUGUUCCUCCAGAACAACAAGAGGAAGAGAUGGAACAGGAGGAACAAGAGGAGAAAAAGAAGGAACAAGACGAAGAUGUUCCUGUUGAAAAGAAAGAGGAUAUGGAAGAACUAGAGAAAGAUGUUCCUCCAGAACAGCAAGAGGAAGAGAUGGAACAGGAGGAACAAGAGGAGCAAAAAAAGGAGCAAGACAAAGAUGGUCCUGCUGAAAAGAAAGAGGAUUUGGAAGAACUAGAGAAAGAUGUUCCUCCAGAACAACAAGAGGAAGAGAUGGAACAGGAGGAACAAGAGGAGAAAAAGAAGGAACAAGACGAAGAUGUUCCUGUUGAAAAGAAAGAGGAUAUGGAAGAACUAGAGAAAGAUGUUCCUCCAGAACAGCAAGAGGAAGAGAUGGAACAGGAGGAACAAGAGGAGCAAAAAAAGGAGCAAGACAAAGAUGGUCCUGCUGAAAAGAAAGAGGAUUUGGAAGAACUUGAGAAAGAUGAUCCUCCUGAAUAUGAAGAGGAAGUGAUGGAACUGGAGGGACAAGAAGAGCAAAAGCAGGAACAAGAGGAAGAUGUUCCUGCUGAACAGCAAGAAGAGGCAGAAGAACAGAAGAAAGAGGUUCCUCUUGAACAGCAAGAAGACAUGGAAGAACUGGAGAAAGAAGAGGUGAUAGAAGUGGAGGAAGAAGAGGAACAAAAGCAGGAACAAGAAGAAGAUAUUCCUGCUGAAAACCAAGAAAAUGGGGAAGAACCGGAGAAAGAGGUGACAGACCUGGAGGAACAAGAGCAGAAAAAGCAGGAUUUAGAAGAAGAAGUUCCUGCUGAGCAAAAACAGCAGCAGCCAACCCGGAGAAGAAGGGUUGCAAACAGGCUCCAGAGGAUCUGGCGUUCCACCAAGAAGUUCUUCCGAGGGAUAAAUUGUCGUCGCCCCACUCCUGCGCCGUAAAUACAUUGCACCCACACUGGACCCCACACAAGCAUUCACACAUACACUUACACACGCACCCUCCCUUCCACACACACAUAUUAAAGGAAUCAUUCAGUAUUAAAAUAAACAUUAGGUAAAU